AUGAUAAAUAAUGAUGCUUUGGGUGGAAUUGAAGCAACGUUGAUGGCAGUAAAUGGCAUGGCAGAAGUAUUCAAUGCCACUUAUCAUGCUAUUUAUAACUCUUUAGAAACAAUCUUCAAUGUUUUGGAAGAAUUGACCAGAUUAAAGACAAAGAUACGUCACAUGGUGCCCUUACUGGCAUUAUGGAAUUGGUUAAGAUAUAUAUGGCGAUUUUUGCUGAGUUGUUUGAAAUUAAGAAAAAAAAACAGUGAUGAUAUGGAAGUGGUGUGGAUGGGAUUUCGAAAUAUAUCAAAAAUCAGUCAAACCAGAGUUCUUGUAGAGCAGCGACACUCCUUACACAAUGCUUCGUCAGUCAAAUUUCGCUUGUUUUCAUCUUUAAUUGUUUGGUUGAUUGCAUUGGGUGUUCCUUACUUAGUAUAUCAAUUGCUGACUGAAAUGAAAUUUCAAGUUAGUGAGUCCAUAAAAUGGAAAUCACAACGGGACCAAUACUAUGAAGCAGUGGCAAGUUUUUUUAAGAACUCGUUGUUCAAGUUCUGCAACUUGUCUUAUGGUGAUACAUUAUAUAUUGCUCCGAAAGAAUAUCAACCACGAAAACCUGGUUACAUUUUGGCGUGUAUAAAAGAUGGUUCCAAAAUUGGGUUAGUUCCGAUUAAAAAAGUUCGUUUGAUUAAACAUGUCAGUGGCAUACCACUGGUUUUUAACAAACGAUGCGAUACUGAGUUCAGAAGAUCGGUGCAUGAUUCAGAAAAGCAUUUGUCUGAUUGA